AUGCGGGCAGCAAUGGCGAGUGCUGAAGUUGAUGAUGACGUACUGGGUAACGACCCAACGGCCGCUCGCCUUGAAACGAAGAUGGCAAGAAUCAUGGGUAAGGAAGCAGCACUGUUUGUCCCUUCAGGCACAAUGGCUAACCUGAUUUGUGUGCUCACUCACUGUGCAAUUCGGGGAAGUGAAGUUAUUCUGGGGGACUAUUCUCAUAUCCAUAUUUAUGAAAAUGGAGGCAUUUCCACGAUUGGAGGCGUUCAUCCAAGGACAGUGAAGAAUAAUGAAGAUGGGACAAUGGAUAUUGAUCUAAUUGAGGCAGCUAUAAGAGAUCCUGCAUUUGAGAUCUGUUAUCCAACUACUAGGCUCAUCUGCUUGGAGAAUUCACAUGCACACUCUGGUGGGAGAUGUAUUUCUGCAGAGUAUACGGACAAAGUUGGAGAGCUAGCAAAGAAGCACGGUUUGAAGCUUCAUAUUGAUGGGGCACGCAUUUUCAAUGCAUCAGUGGCACUCGGAGUUCCUGUUCACAGGCUUGUGCAGGCAGCUGAUUCAGUAACGGCUUGUUUAUCAAAAGGUCUUGGUGCUCCAGUUGGAACUGUGAUUGCAGGCUCAAAAAGCUUCAUUGCCCAGGCAAAGAUUCUCAGGAAGACUUUAGGCGGCGGAAUGAGACAGGUUGGCGUCCUAUGCGCCCCUGCUCUAGUUGCAUUGGAAGAAAAUAUUAGUAAACUUGAAGACGAUCAUCAAAAGGCUAAGAUUUUGGCGGAGGGACUGAACAAAAUCAAAGGAUUAAAAGUUGAUAUGGCUUCCGUGGAGACCAACAUUGUGUAUUUUGACAUUCUUGAGGGCUCAAAUAUCACGGAAACUCACUUAUGCAAGAUUCUAGAAGCACAUGGUGUACUAGCAAUGCCAGAAGGGCCCCUAACAAUGAGACUUGUCGUUCACCACCAAAUAUCGGAAAGCGAUGUGCAGUACACGCUGUCUUGCAUUCAGAAAGCAGUCAGUGGGUUCCUUGGUGAAAAUGGUGGCAAGUGA